AUGUUACAAGCUUUGGGAUUAAGAGGUUCUGCUAAGAUAUCAGAAGACCAGAAGGUCUCGCGGAUUAUAACGCAGGCUCUUCAAUACGAGAAUGCGCUGAAGGCCAUGGACUACUUUCUGGACGAUAGAUCGAGCGAAGGACUCAGGCUGCUGGAGGACCAUGACCAAUCCGCCAUCACCCAGCUGGCAUACGCCGUGAUUCAGUUCAUCGAGGCCACGCUGGGGUUUGAAGCGGCCACUAUGAAAAAGGCGAACGAUGCGCUUGUCCUUGCGGAAAACAUGUCCUGGAAAGAGAAGACGUUUGCGGAGAAGAACAAGAUCCAGACCUCUGCUAUAUAUCCGCCCGGCACCGAAUGGGCCGUCACUUACGCGGAGGCAAAUCUGCUGAGUGCACUGCUAAUGCUGUUGAGUGAGAGUAUGGUCGAUAGCGCAAAGGCCCUUUUGAAGCUCAGGCGCGCGUACCACACGUUGGACGAGAUCAGCAAGAGUAUGGAGCGGAACUCUGUCGAGAACGGGAUGAGCAAUUCGUCGAUGAAUAGCGGCUCAUCUAGCACGAGCACCGCCUCGUCGCAGCGGUUUGCGGACGUUCCGGGCCUGUCGAGCGAGCAGAGUGUGAAGGACGAGGAUGUUAUCAAGCGACUCGAGAAACUGUACAAAGUCAGGAAAGCACGCAUCGACGGCGAGCACAUCGGCAACCCGCCAGCCUCGGAGUCGCUCAGACACAACUUGGGCUUCAAGGAGAGACAGAAGGGCGAACUAAGCGACACGAUGGGUUUCACAGUAGAAUACGGCAAUUCGGACGUGCCGACAAUCGACGAGUUCAUCCAUUCGGGAGUCAACCUGUGUUUCGGGAUUUUGCAGGUGGUUUUGUCUUUGAUUCCACCUGCUAUCGGAAGAGUUCUAUCCGUGGUUGGUUUCAAGGGAUCCCGGGAGCACGGGCUGAAAAUGGUCUGGAACGCGGCCAAGGAAAGAAACAUUCACGGCGGACUUGGGCUUCUUGCGCUACUGGUGUUUUAUGACGGGCCUUUCCAGUUUACAGAUGUCGACUUCGAUCUUCCGUCCACUAUAGAGCUCAAAAAGAUGAGCUCUCAGUCAAGCCAUACGCUUGUCACUACCGAGACCUUUGGUCGGAAAGCAAAAGUGGAGCGUAAGAUGGAGCUGGAAAAGAUGGCAAGUGUUGGGGAUGGUGAGCCGACCUUGCUGCAUCCGGGGCCAAAGCUGGUUUCGGUGCUGUUGCAUGCACGAGCUCUAUUCCCGAACGGCAAUUUGUGGUUGCUUCAGGAGUCCCGAAUGCUUGCCAGCCGUGGUCGGUUGGAGGAGGCUGUGGAGCUGAUGGAUACUGCGCAUAAGUCGGAGAUGAAGCAAGUGGAUGCGCUACUGGGCUACGACCGUGCCAUGAUACUGGCUUUCAUGCACAAAUUUGAUCGUGCCGGCAGAGAAUUUUUGGAGCUGGUCAACAUCAAUUCUUACUCACACUGUCUUUACACCUACUUUGCUGGGGCGUGUUACUUGGAGUGCUAUCGUAUGUGCAUCACAGGACUGAAUAUUGAAUCCGACGUCCCAGAUAAGGUGGAUCUCACAAAAAAAGAUUAUUAUAAAGAACAGGCCGAGAAACAUCUCAAGGCAGCUCCGUCGCUGAUCGGCAAGAAGAAAUUCCAGUCCAAGAUCCCUCCGUUCGAAAAGUUUAUUGCAAGAAAAUUGAAGCAGAUUGAGAAGACACAGCAGGCCACCGGAUUACCGUUUCUGGAUUGCGUUGGCACGUCGCUGAUCCAUGAGCUGGUGUAUUUCUGGAACGGCUACAAUCGAAUGACAGAGGAACAACUCAGACUCUCGAUAGAGCUUCUCGGCUACUCGGCCGAUGCAAUCAAAGACAGGGACCUGGACCUCGAAAACCCAGCCACGCACGAGCCAUAUAGCAAGAUCAGCGAGGCGCGCGAGGAGGCCAUGAUCAGGCACACAUUGCAGGCGAUAUCGCUGAGAAGACUGGGAAAAAUCGAGGAAGGCAGCAAACUGCUGGACUCUGCAGUCAUAAGCAACAUGACGGAGACCGGCAAGGCUGGCGUGAAUCAGAAACUGCUCAAGCUGACCGAGAACCCAUGGCUCUAUCCGACUGCAUUAUAUGAAAAAGCGCUUUUCUGCUGGAAGCAGCAAGGAUUUGAUGGUCUCGAGGAGUCCAAGAACUGGCUCAAAAAAUCUCAAACAUAUGGGGGAGAUGACUACGAGCUAAGCACCCGAGUGUCGAUGAAAACGAAAGCCGCUCUCGAUAGAUUAGAAGACAUUCGUAUUUAA